AAUGCCUCCAGGGAUGGGGCAUCCACAACCUUUGCUCCUGGUUGGUUUAUAGCACUGUCACAGUCAUUGUCAAUGUUCUUAUGCUCUUCUUUGCAGACAUUGUGCCUUGUGCCACCUCCUUCCAGCAGUGCUCAAGUAUAGGCAACAAAGGCUGCUUGUCAGCAGCUCUCAAAGACCAAGAACAGCAUUUGCAGUUCAUGCUGUCAUUUGGACAGCCCAGAGUAGUUUCAGGAUGAAUUGUUCCUCGUGCCAUCAGUAGGACAACACACAGAAACGUGUGCCCUGCAAAUUGCCCUGUCCUGCUGGUGUGCAGGCAGCAUUCAGGGAAAUGUGUCAUGUUUACUUUGCGUGCUUUGUUGAUCCUUGCUCUUAAGUAAUGGCAGUGAUGCAGAAGUGCCAUGAGUGUGACAAUUUGUUAUAAUUAAUAUGAAAUCUCAUGAUGUUAGGUUGUGGAGAAAAUAACUGCCCUAUGAUGUUGCUUGGCAUUGGCUUGCCAAAGAAAAGCUUGAAAAAGAAAAUGUAUGCAGUUUGGAGGUGAUGAGCAUGGCUGUCAUUAGGACAGGAUUCUGAUACUGCAGCUGAAAAGGACAGGAUGUGUGAAUGCACCCAAGUUGCUGAGGACUAAAAAAGGUGUUUUGUUUUUAAAUCAGCCUGAUCUCUGAUGUCUCUGUGCGUAACCUGUAAGCUCUACGGAUCACACAGAAUUUCUAACAGUCUUCUGUCAUCUUGCUUCUUACCGUGACGUCAAAGUCGUUUGAGAUGGAGGUGUUCUAGGCAGUAGGAUCAAGAAGUGUGAAGUCCAAGAAAGGAGCAUGGACCAACCCAGUGGCAGGAGUUUCAUGCAAGUUCUUUGUGAGAAAUACAGCCCUGAGAACUUCCCGUAUCGCCGUGGUCCUGGUAUGGGUGUGCACGUCCCAGCAACUCCACAGGGCUCACCUAUGAAAGAUCGUCUCAACCUUCCAAGCGUGCUGGUGCUGAACAGCUGUGGCAUAACCUGUGCAGGGGAUGAGAACGAGAUCGCUGCCUUCUGUGCUCACGUCUCUGAACUUGAUCUUUCUGACAAUAAACUGGAAGACUGGCACGAGGUCAGUAAAAUUGUGUCCAACGUUCCCCACUUGGAGUUUCUAAACUUGAGUUCCAAUCCUCUCAGUUUGUCCGUUCUAGAGAGAAGGUGUGCUGGGUCCUUCGCUGGCGUCCGCAAACUUGUGCUCAACAACAGCAAAGCUUCCUGGGAAACAGUCCACACAAUCCUGCAGGAGUUACCUGACUUGGAGGAGCUCUUCCUGUGCCUUAACGACUACGAAACAGUGUCUUGUUCUCCAGUUUGCUGUCAGUCUCUCAAAUUACUCCACAUAACUGACAAUAAUCUUCAAGACUGGACUGAAAUUCGAAAAUUGGGAAUUAUGUUUCCAUCUCUGGACACACUUAUUCUGGCUAACAACAACCUCACCACCAUCGAAGAGUCAGAAGAUUCCCUCGCAAGGCUGUUCCCCAACUUGCGAUCCAUCAAUUUGCACAAGUCAGGUCUGCAUUGCUGGGAAGACAUUGACAAGUUAAAUUCUUUUCCCAAGCUCGAGGAAGUGAAAUUGCUAGGAAUCCCUUUGCUGCAGUCCUACACCACUGAGGAGCGCAGGAAGCUGCUAAUAGCCAGGUUGCCAUCUAUCAUCAAGCUCAACGGGAGCAUUGUUGGGGAUGGGGAGCGAGAGGACUCGGAGCGAUUCUUCAUCCGGUAUUACAUGGAGUUCCCAGAGGAGGAAGUCCCAUUCAGGUACCACGAGCUCAUCACCAAGUAUGGGAAGCUGGAGCCCUUGGCAGUCGUGGAUCUUCGGCCGCAGAGCAGUGUGAAGGUGGAGGUUCACUUCCAGGACAAAGUAGAAGAGAUGUCAAUCCGUCUUGAUCAGACUGUGGCAGAACUGAAGAAGCACUUAAAAACUGUGGUGCAGCUGUCAACCAGCAACAUGCUGCUCUUCUACUUGGACCAGGAAGCCCCCUUCGGCCCCGAGGAGAUGAAGUACAGCUCACGAGCACUGCAUUCCUACGGCAUUCGGGAUGGAGACAAAAUCUACGUGGAGCCCAGGAUGAAGUAGCCUCUCUCGACCUACACACCCCACACACCCACACACAUGCAUUUAAGGAGUGUUUGCAAGGUUUUUAUUUCGGUUGGUUGGUUGAGGUUUGGUUGUGUUUCUAUAGCAGGUAAUGGCUUAGCCCGGAGCGAGUGCCCUGAUGGCAGAACCAUGCCCACCACCCACUGCAGGUGACCUCGAGGUGACAGCUGACUUCAGUGCAUGUGUUUCUGUGUGUGCAAUACCCCCAUGUUUUCUUUGAUGCUCCGGUAUACUCGUGAUUUGGCAUGAAUGGUCAGUUGUUGAAGCUGAAGAAUGCUAGGGCCCGUAAGGGAGAAGAUAGCGUGGUGUGGAAUUUGACCUAUUUAUUUUUCUUUCUCUAAAAAACGUGUGUUUUUUUUGGCACCACCAGAGCACCCUAGCUAUCCAACUGCAGUUUGAGCGAGCUUGGUUUUCCAUCUGGGUGCUGUCUCGUAGCCUUUUGUCACACUCAAGCUCGUUGAAAAGGUCUGAAACAAUGUUCAGUUUGAAUCAGAGCUCAGGUAUUCAGCAUUCAGUGCAUCCACUUAGCUCCACUGGUUGGUGAGAGCGCACAAGAUGAGGGAAAGACAGGGAUGUUGUGAGAAAGCAAGGAUUUCUUCUAAAAACUCCUGCUUCUAGCCAUGCUGUCCUAUCAUGAGUUUGGAGAAGGUUUGCUUUCUGUGUCCUUGUCACAGUGUCUGCAAGCUGUAGCACUGUCAGCCUGCAGGCAAAGCAAGCCUGGCCCCGUAAUUUGGGAAAGGAAUUGUGGGUUGGCAUUGUGUUGAGGGCUUUUAGGGUAGUGGGUCAGAAACGUGGUGAGGAGUGUGUUCCUCCUUUGGCUAGGAAACAUCCCUGCGAUGCUGAAAGGUCUUCCAAUGAGCACUUAACCUUGUACCGCUGUGUCCCGAAAGUGGAAUGGCUGAAAUUGCUCUCCUGGGAGGGAGCAAGACUCGAGUUGAAGUUUGUUUGUUGUUGUUGCACCAGAAAUGAAACCUGGCACUUUCCCGGGGACCCCUGGCUGCAGGGUCUCCAUUUAGGGUCCAAACUAGCAGAAUGUGUUGACUCGGAUCAGUUUCUUGGACAGCAGGUCCAAAAGCACCUAUACCCACGUGUAUUGUAAAGCAGGUGUUCACUAGAUCCCCCACCCCCAUAUGCACCUUGUAGGCAUUGUGUGCUGCUGCUUAAAUUAGCCCCCCUUGUCUAACGCAGCGCAGAUUCCUGUGCGAUGAAACCCUCAGUCCUUUAUAUCUCUUGUAAAUCAGACGGCCGUUUCGCUUUACUCUGUCCUCCCUUGUUCUUCUGUCAUCCUGACAAGCUGAAGACUUUUCAAAUUACCUUGUUAUAAGCAACUGCAUCAAAGUUUCUGAAGCUGUGCAGUGAGGGCUCUGGUUACACGUGAACUCCUGACCGUAAUUUUUGAAAUGCUCCCUGUCCCCACGUGCACUUUUUUCCCGAGAUGCUUUUGUCCACGCCACCAAGCUCCUUUAUAGCCUUGGAGUUGUGUAUUUCUCUUUAUAUUUUACUUAGAUCGUGGGGUGGGGUAGGAUGGGGAGGGGACAAAGUGUUAUCUCGUAAUCUUCAGGUUCAGGUUGUAGGGACUGUUGAGAGGGGAUUAGUUCCGCAUCCACAAUAAAGAUUAAAAAUGGGAGGACUUAAGACAAGGUAAUUAUUUCUGCCUCAUCUCCCUGCCAAAACCAUCCAUCUCCUGGCACCAUCGAGACGAGCAAUAGUAAAUGGAGCAGGAGUCACCAUAGGUGGAGUAGAGACUACGGCCAUAGCUGCAGGGCCGCAGUCCCCAUAAAACACGAGCAGGGAGGUGGUGGCAGUGUAUCAUAAGAUGAUGCUUUUAUAAGCUACAGCUUUACUGAAGAUGUAUUUUCCAUUUGGGCAGCGAAAGGCAUUUUGCUGCCUUAUAGCGGAACUCUUAAGCCAACACUUCUGUAUGAUAUAUACAUAGAUAUGCAUCGGAAAAGUUGUGUUUAAUAAGAUAUUUUGUUAUAAAGCAAAGUUUUAUGAAGAUAUGGUUGUUUAAUAUUAGAAGCCUAUUUCUCCCUUUGACCUCCUGUUUAAGUACAUCGUCCAUCGGUCGCCGCGUUGUCCGAACUAGGCAACCAGUGCAGAUGCAAAGGAAUCUCUGAUCUAAUUCUACAGAGCAGUAAUUGCCUACAUGGAUAUAUUUAUGGCAUUGUAACUGGUAUUAGUGUGAUGCUGUAAUUACUGACCAGCUUGCUCAGCACAAUUAAAUGUCUGACUCGCAGAAAGCGAAAUAAACAAAGUCCAUUAAAGAAGUAAAGGGGAUAUUGAAGAAGACCCAGCUAUGUGCUUGUAGGUUUGUUUCCCUGCUAAGAAUUACCCUCAUCCACACAGGGAGCAGUGCUGCUGCGCUGGCUAGGAGCUGCCAGUAAGUAAUGGCUUUAUUUAUGGUGGAACUGGAAGAUGAACAAAGAGGAUUGCUUGUUGCUCGUGAUGUGGACACGCGCCGUGUAUCACUGGGGAUUUGGCAUCAGCACCCAAACUGGCUCCUCGGUAUGAAUGUGUGCCUUGCCACGUCGUUGGGGAAGGUUGUUCCUGGAUGAUGUUCCCAAGCUGUUCAGGCAGCAGCAGAGCAUGCAUUGGGUGGAAACGAAAAGCAUCGGUUGGCUUCCCAAGGAGAAAGGGCCACAUCCAAAAGCCAGGAGGGACCGAUGUGUCUACGUGAUAGACUUCGAAAAGUAGGAUGGAGUGGCACGC